GAACAGAUAGUCAACUAAGAUCUGCAACAGCACCUGCAGGUUGUUUCUUCUGGAGUGAAAGAUGGACAGAGAUCACGGAGGACAGGAGGUGAAGACACCGGAGGACAGUCUCACUUCUCCAGCUAAUGGGGAAGAAGGGGUCCCCGCUGUAAUGGAGGCCUCACACCAUGAAGAGGAAAACUCUGCAGCUCCUGAGAGGCCUCCUGUUGAAGCAGCCUCCUCUGAGAGCGGAGCUCAGCGUCCUGCCAUCGACGGCCUCACCGCAAGUGAACACGUGCACGAGGACGGUGAGGGGCCAGUGUCCCACGAUGGGACCCCGGAGAGCGAGGGGACUCAGAGCCCUGCGCAUGAAGGGAAGGAGGCCGAAGAAGAGGAGAUCGACCCUACACAAGGUGAAGAUGAGGAUGAGCAGCUUCUCCAGGAGCUGUGUGAGGAGAGAGAUAAAGCCCUCCAACGCAACGGCCAACUGCAGCAGCUGCUGGCUCAGUACUUCAGCAGGUCCGGAAACGCUGUCAAGCUGGAGACACUCGGCCCAGAGCGUCUGCCGGGGUACGAGAAGUCCAUCAACAUCCUGACCGACAUGAAACAGCGGUUCGCCUCGGAAGCAGAGGCGGCCCAACAGAAAACAGAGGAGCUGAGGUCACAGUCCCAAGCGAAGUCGGACGAGGUGAAGAAGGAAUGGCAGGAGUUCGUGGCACUGAAGCAGGACGUAGGUGUGACAAUGCUUAGUCGAUCCCUGGGUAAACGAACGGCUCAGGCCAGAGUGAAAUCAACGCUGGCGGCAGAGCAGCUUAAACAUGACAAGCUGAUCAAGCAGCGGCUGACGUACGUGAAGCUGAAGAUGAGGGUCCAAGGACUGGAAGCCGAGCUCCGAGCACUCGAGGAAGCCAAGGACCCUGUGCAGGUCUUGGUUGCACAGCUGCAUGCUACAAGGUUGGAGCAGAAAACACUCACGGAAAGGCAAAAUGAGGAAGCGAUAAGGCUUCAGAACAAGAUCAGCCGCAACUUGGAGCUCCUGUCAAACAUAAAGGAGAAGCUGUUCUGGAGUCAGAGGGAGGUUCAGGCCUUGCGAAAGCAGCUGGCAGAGUUGGAGGAAGAGGUGGCGAGGAAGCGAGAAGUCCGAGCCGCGACCAAGAAACAAAUCAGAAAGCUGAAGAGGGACAACCAGAGGCUGAAGGAGAGCCAAGGAUUACUGGGGUACCGGCUCCAGCUGCAGGACUUCGAGGACACUGUGGAUGCCUGUGACCACCUGGAGGAAAAGCUGGAGAAUCUGAUGUGCCGCCAUUCUGAGCUGCAGAAGAAGAUGAAACGAGAAGCUGGAGUCCCCUUAAAGAACUGAAUGAGCAAAAGACUGACACGGUAUCGAUGUGAAAAAACAGAUCAGGGACGAAAACGAGUUCCAGGUCUUCAAAUUCACAGUUUUAUCUCAUUAAGUGCCUCGAUGUAGAAAAUGACCAAUUCUGAGCGUUUUGGUUGGCAAAUCAUUCGGUACGUGAUUUGCAGAAUUGCUGACUCCAUCACUUCUAAACAAUUUAACAUGAUUCUCCAAUCAGCUCUUAACAGCAGCUUUGAAUUUGAACUGCAUGUCCAUCUCUUAUGAGCCCCUAACACUUCUGGGACUACACAUUUUGUUUUUCCACACUUCAAAUAAAAUGAUAUUUGAUCA